GUCGGCCAUGGAGCACUGCACGGUCAUCUAUCUGGAAACAGCUCUUGUAUCCCUGCCUCGUCGAUCUGUGCUGCUCGCAACAACUCUGACCGCUUCGUCUUUCUUCCGCGUGGGGUUCGGCCAGAGAUAUGGAGUGGCUGAACCUUCAACACAGACGGACGAGGUUCACGGAAUCAGGCCAUUUUCAUUCAGCUGUGCUGCUCUGCUAUUUCAACUAGGUCUCUGUAGCAUUACUCCACUCAGAAGUGACCACGCCCUGCGCUCCUUGCCCUUUUGUCAUCCCCGCCUCGCACACGGGCGCGCGAAGGGGCCAUUCUUGACAAUCACCACGAGGCACAUCUUUGACUCCACCUUGGCGAGGUAGACUUCUUUCCCUCCCAUACAUGACCCAUUCUCACAAUUCAUCUUUCGGCGGCGCCAAAUGCCCGGCAGAUUUAAUUUUCGGGGUUUCGCGUGGAGGCUUCUUUUUCUUUUGCUCGAUUCAAGCGCUAGGAAAACGGCGAAAACAAGGGGAUCGGUGCCUAAUUUUCAUUUUUGACCCUCCACAAGACAAUAUUCAACGCGAUAUUACCCGGAGCCUCACACCAUCACUGGGAAAGCUUAUGCUCAUUAACUCCUCGACAGUACAUCACCGCACCCAAAUUUCUCUCUUUCCGUCUUCGGCAAAAACUUCAACUCAAUCAACGACUUGACUGGCAUUGCCCUACAAUAUACUUACACGAGACCCUCGGCAAAUCUCGUAUACGCGUGACAAUCCGUCUUAGUAGCUCUGCGUGUCUUCGCGACGACAGAUCAACAGAUCUGCCGCAGAUAGCAUUGACGCUUCUCAGUACACUACCACUGGUAUAAACACGACUUCGGUCCUCUGCCCGCCACCACCGGCCAUUAUGCCUCGUCCAAUGCAGCAAAACAGCCCAUCGCUGCCUCGCGAGACUCUGCCGCCCUUGAGGCCGCAGCCAUCUGCCGUCCUGAUGCGGGUGUACGGCAUCAACCCUCAUGCUCCUCACACUCCAACGAGUACCAAUACCACGAGCUUCCAGGCCACCAUGUCGUCAUAUCUGACUCAAAAGCAGCAGCACCGCGGUUCUUGCCAGCAGAUGGGCCGGUAUUCUCACCCGGCCCAGACCACCAUGGCUUCCUCUUUCCGGCGGCUCACUGCGCCUGUUCCCACGUCUGGACACGUCCUUCCUGCCUUGCGUCCUGUCUCUACUGACAGUGUUAUGCCCAAGCCCGAUGAGAACUCUCCCUAUGGCUGUGGCGGUGUUAUGUCCAAUGGCAUGGAUGAGGUCGAACGGCCCACGCACGCCGUCGGCUCCCACGGUUGCUGGAGCCUUCUUUGCAGCGCUUCUCGCUGCCCUGCUGUCACUACCUCUCGCACCUACAAUGCCAAGAGCACAUUCGAUCCGGUCAAGAAUGUCUGUGGCAAGUUUCAUUGCCAUCACUGUAACGAGACCUACAUGCGAGAGAGCCACCUGAAGCUUCACCUCUUGCGCCGUAAGUAACAACUCCCUGACCUACGCAGCUUGUUGCCUUGCUGACAAAGAUGAUCAACAGAUACGUGUACUCUCUGUGGAGAAGCUUGCCAUCUCGAUAGUCACUUCCCAGAGUGCUCCACCCGCCGAUGUGAACCAGAAAGUAUACGAGGACCUUCUGGCCAACUGAACCACCUCGUGUCCCUUUUCUCUAUGAUCUGGAAGGUGUCAGCCGCAGCACUGAUCUAUAUUAUGGCUGUGUUCGAGAGGGCCUCUCAGCGUCAUGAGGAAGCUUGUGAGACUACACCAGCCACCGCGAAGUACUUUCAAUAUCUUGAAGAGCUCGACGUGUCCACUGGCAUGCCCUCUAUACACCACAAUGCAGCGGAGCAACCGCACCUCCUCUGCAACUCUGCCACGGAAGUCUAUCUUGAUUCUCAACCCUCCAGAGAGCUUCAAGAUAUAUAAUCAACUAGGCAAGACGAAUCUGCACAGAUCGCUGUUGACUCGGCGAGUUCAAUUGAAUGACGUAUCGAAUUUCACAUUUCAUGUCGUCCAGACAUUUCCGGCGACGGUGAGGCUUUGAGGAAGAUUUUGGUACACACGAAUAUAGGCACGAGGAGAGGCGGCGGUGGGCUUUGAAGAGGCAAACCAACUGCUCGUAUUUGGUUGGUAUUCAUUCUCUAACUCAUUUUUCAUGCCUGUCUGGUUUCUUCCGUCGCGGCUAUUCUGAUCAACUGUCAUCAUUUAAUGCGGAGAAAUAUCACGAUGACCUCUAGCAUCAAAAUCAAUUGGACGGUGGCUACUCCUUAAAUGCAUUCUGGGCGUGGAGAUGGUAUCAAUGCGUGAAAUUGCCCUCAAAGACAACUUGAGGCUUCUGACUGACACCCAUCUCCGCAGUCACCUAGAUCUGUCAAGGGCUGAAAGCGCGAGAUCAAAGCUCUAGCGGUACUUAAAGGUUUCUAUAUGCUCUACUGUCAGCGAAAACAGGUGUUCGCGAUUGCGUGUUCUUGUCGGAGAUCGUGGGAUGAAUAUGGAAGGGGAAGAUAGAUAACACAGCGCCCUGGACGAAGGCGUCGGGAAAGACAUUAGAACAUCUUGAUCUCAGGGUCUUUAAAAAAAAAAAAAUGCCGGGAGUUGUCCCUGAUUGAGAAGCGGAAGAGGCCGGCUAAAUAGGAGAAAAAACAGGCGAAGAAGGGCGAGCAAGCAGUGAUAGCCUGUGAAAACGGGCAUACACUCAAUCCGGGGGCCGACAACACAGUGGCUAGAAACAAACCACGUUCCCACCCUCCUUAGCCUGCAUCGCGGGCACGUGAGCGGUAGGGUGAUUGCUCUUGUUUAAGUUGGCCACACUCCACCUCGUUUGACUUUCCAAUCCCCAUCACUGGUUUUCUCGUUUUGCACUUGGCCAUUUCCAGCAGAUCAACUCUCUUCAUCCCAACAUUAUCGACCGACCUCGGCUUCUCGGCGCCAACUACCGCUAAAACUUGUGCUCUCCAAUUCCAGAAAGCAGAAAGAAGACGUUUGUUCAGCUACAGGUCCUUUGGCUAUCUUGCAAUCCUAACCCCGCUUAGAAACUCAUCGUGUACCACUCGCAGCAGAAACCUGUCAGUUGCGAUCUGUCAACAGCCAGUGUCCAGUCGACUGUGCUAUCUGAAGUACUUUGAGCUUUACCUCGACAGGUAUUGGCCAUUGAUACCUUUCAGCUCUGCGCAUCUCACCCUCUCUAUCAUCCAUGCCCCCAGUCGCCUGUCCACCUUGCUGGCUCCACGGGUCCGUAGCAGACCCAACCGUCACAAUGCCUUCCCAACUUGUUAUUCAUUCUUUACUCUCUCCUGCUCCGGACUCCCGUGACGCACCCACAGCGCCUUCUACUCACAUCACGCUGAAGAGGGGGUAUCUAGAAACCUUUUCACCAUCGGAGAGAACCUCCGCGCCCCCCGCAGUAGCAGAGUCCGAAGAUAGGCAGGCUUCAGGAGGGGCCAGAUUCCACACAUCCGUCCUGCCCGACGACGAUGACUUGAGGCCAAUCUUGGCGGGAGGCUCGAGUGCCAAAAGAUCCUCUAGAGCCAUGCGGCCGCCGAUGAGAUCCAGCAUAGCUUGUUUGAGAUGCAGGAAAUCCAAGAUCAAAUGCGACAACGACAACACUGGGUCACCUUGCGACACAUGCAUCAAGGCAGGACAUAAGUGCGAGUUUCCUGAUCCAACACCUCUUCCGGCGAAACGAUCAAAGGCUCCGACUGCGCCGAAGCAGGUAAGGGAAAUCGGGCAUGACCGUAAGCGAUUGAAGAAGCUCGAAGUUGCAACGUACUCUGAUGAACGUACUGUCGCCGCGCUUGCUCAGGAAGUGCUUUCGGCACCUUAUCUUACCGUCGACUUAUGGCAUCAACUCUUCGACAUAUAUAAGCUGCACUUCGCUACCGAACUCCCGUUUUUGCAUCUCCCAACUCUCAAGGGCAUCAUUCACGACAAGGACAUCAAGAAGCCGUCAACCGAGUCAAAUCUGAUUCUAUUAGGUAUUCUAGCUCUUACUGCGAGAUUUCAUCCCGACUUGGUUAAACAUGUGGGGUAUAUCACACACGACGAAGUCGCGGACUCCAAGUCUCGCGGUAUUCUACCCAGUUCGGAGCCGUCAAUGGCCUCAGAGUACUUCGCAAACGCUCUGACAAAGGCACUGGGAGAACUCGAAUCAGCUCUGACACCAGCUACUGUCGUCCGCGUUCAAGCUUUUCUCAUGCUCGGCUUGUACAAAUGGAGUCAGCCGAAUGGCGGCUUGGCUGCAUGGAUGUAUGUUGGCGUUGCCAUACAGAUGGCUCAAGGCUUGAAAUUGGGGUCUGGAGACAAGCCUUUGGGCGACAAGAGAACUCUGGCCUUGUCUCUUCGGUCAAGUAAGUCUGCCCAGCGACCCUCCGACUUUUGGAAAGACCAGGAGAUCAGGCGUCGUACCAUGUUCAGUUGCUUGAUACUGGAUCGUCUCCUAUCCUGCGGAUCUGAUCGGGUUUCUAUGGUUCGGUCCGACGAUCUUCAAAUCCAGCUGCCAUGCACUGAACACGCCUUCGACCUAGGCCGAGAUGUCUCUACCGGAUUCUUACGACAUGUGGGACAUGGCAUGGAGCCACCAAUCGAUGACAGUGUCUUGAGUCGAUUCGUGCAACUAGCAGAUUUCUGGGGCGAUAUCACCAAGUACAGUUUCGCGGGCGGCCGCCAUACGGAAUCCUUUCCACCGUGGGGCCAAGAGUCGACUUUCUAUCAAUUGAAUAAGAAGGUGGAUGCCCUUUACGCUCACCUUCCGGAAGAGUUCACCUGGUCUAGCUCGAACUUCUGGAAACACGACAACAGCAUGUAUGUGUCACUUCACAUGCUGGGUGCCUUAUGCAAAAUCAUGCUGCAUCGCGAAUACAUCCCGUUCAUCGCCAUCAAAUGUUCCGAGCCGGUUGGUCCUCUGGACAAGCCCGCCUUUGACCCCGAAACUGUUCCCAACCACUUCUGGGAGCGCAGCGCAGAGCAGGUUUUCAAGGCUGGAAGGGAAAUCAUCGACCUCAUCUCGACAUGCCGAGACAAGCUUCCUCAUUCGUCACUAGUCAUAUUCGCAAUUUGGCAAGCAGCGUUUGUGGGAAUAUAUGCACGGCACUACCCUCACAUGGACACCCAAAAUCACAUGGUUAGCAAACAGGAGAUCGAAGAACGUAAUUCGGGGGCCAUGUCUGAUAACACGCAGACGGGGAACACCAGUAUCGCUUUCCAAGCAUUGACCAAGGUUGCACCUUACUCCAGCAUGGCCUCCAAUUACGUCACGUAUUUCAAGGACAUUGAUCGGUAUCUCACCAAGGUCUACUCUGACUACACAAAUCGAGGUUCGAAGAAGAGCGGAAAUGGUUCUCUGACCAUUCGACUGGGAGGAGGUGGCGGCGGACUGGAAGAGUGGAGGGCAAAGGCCGACAAGAUUACGAGCAAUGGCAUCAUCAUGGACGACGACCGGCCAACAGCCUACGACGGCUCCGAUGGAUCGCGGGCUAGCACAUUGGAAAGGAGCUCUUCCUUGGGCCCCGAGUAUUCUCAUCUCAGCGGAAGCGGUUCGGACAGCCGGAGAGAUUCCCGCCAAGCGUCGUCAUUUACCGCCAUCAACGCCGCCGCAUUCCACCAGCAAGCCGGUCAUGAAGGCUAUGCCGGAAGCAUUCCACAGCACUCACCGACUCAGGGUUUCCCGCCAACUCCCGGCUCCCUAUCAAAUGAGGCUGCGAUGGCUAAUGUCAAUGCCGAGACAGUCAGCAUCGAUUCAUCUGUGCAGCAGAACCAAGGUCAGCGAUUCGGCACUAUGCUUGAGGACAUUCUGGAGUUCACGACGGGUGGGAUGGUCUGCGCGCCCAAUACUGGUGACUGGUACAUGCUCAAGCCCCCCUUCUAUACGCAGAUGGCCGGUGGCGACCCGUUACCCCAGUUCAGCGGGAGUUAUUCUUGAAGGGGUCAGGUGAGCAGGUGGAACAGGCUUCUAGGCCCCCAACCCGAGACAUGGUUAUAUGGAGAUGAUGUAUGGGAAUGUUUGUGUCAGGGAACCACAUUUAAGCGCGUGUGGAAUUUUCAGACAGAAGUUACGAGUGCGUUAUAAUCUUGGGUACGAAGCUAUAUCGAUUCCUCCCCACCGCGGAGCGAACAGCCACAGGAAAAUGUCGACCGAGCAUAAUCAGCAUGAGAGAGCGUU